AUGAAGGAAGUCACAACUCUUACGCAUUCAGACAGAACAUGGCCGGUGAAGCUUAGGAGCUAUCCAAAUGCAGCGGCAUUCUCUUCUGGUUGGAUGGCAUUUGUGAGAGGAACUCGCUUGCGUGUAGGAAAUGUCUGCGUGUUCGAGCUAAUUGAUAGAGAUGACAUUGUAUUCAGAGUCUACGUUAUCAGCAGUAAAGAAAUAUUCAAUGCAAUAAUGUCUCUUAAAGUUCUCAUUUUAACGCCAGGCAGGAACAAAUGGUCUAGAUGCAGAAUGAACCAUUCUGAGCCGGUAUUUCGCGGUCCUACUCUUCCGAGGCCUCUCAGGACUACUGAGUUAGCCAGCGAAUUUGAUUUGGAGCAUCCCUUCUUCAAAAUGGUGAUACAACGGUCUCAUUUUAGGACAUUGCGUGUUCCCGGCAAAUUCGUCCGGCAACAUAUUGAAGAAAACAAGAAAACGGCAACUCUUACGUAUUCAGAUAGAUCGUGGGCAGUGAAUCUCUCAAGAUAUAAGCGGGACGCCCGAGUGUUGUUCUCUGCUGGGUGGCCUGUGUUUGCAAGAGAAGCUCAUUUGCGUGUAGGAAAUGCCUGCGUUUUUGAGCUUAUUGACAGGGAUGAUGUUGUGUUCAAAGUCUCCAUCUUAAAUAAUGGUGACGAGCACGAGAUUCACGUCGAUUGAGGCGAUCGUGGGUCUGUGGUACUCUAGGCGGUGUUCGCAGCAUCGAUGUGAAUCCAGGAUUCCUAAUAAUGCCUCCUUUAUUCAGCAGUGGCGAAUCAAUAAAAAGAAAACUCUUUUCUGUUCAUGAUUUCGUGCUAGCUUCGAUUCUAUACUUCCAUUUUGGCGAGAGUUUCGCAGAUUUGGUGCGUCUUUAAGGGUUCUGGUUGCUCGACUCACCUGAAGUGUUCAUAUGGAUUCUCCUAACAUCUUAUUGUUAUGUCUUAAGUGCCAAAGCUUUUUGUAAGAA